AUGUCAAGACAGAGCAUAUUUAGUCUGCAUUUUUUCAACGCUCUUUUGUUUAAUAUUUGUAUGGUAAUGCAACUUUUCCUGGUUUGCUUUUAUGGGAAUGAACUCACAUUGCAGAGUUCUAAAAUCAAAGAAACUUUAUAUGAAAUGGAUUGGGCUUCGCUUAGAAGAGACUCAAAAUUUAAUAUCGUCACGAUGAUGAUAUGCGCGUCAAAACCAAUUGUAAUAUCGUCUGGUUCUGUAAUCAAACUAAACAUUUCAUCUUUUAUUUCUGUAAGUGUCAAGUAA